AUGAAGAGACUUGCGCAGCGCAUGUGUCGUCUGCGCAUGCACGAUCCUCCUCCUGCAAACAUCAUGGCGCAGCAAGAGCCGAAUGGAGAUUUUCCAUAUUUACCUUCAGGGACGGCCGAGGUGAACCGGAUGAUAAAGGAGAACAGUGAGCUGUUCUCUGAUUCUCAGUGUAAAGUGUGCAGCGCUGUCCUAAUCUCUGAAUCCCAGAAACUUGCACACUACCAGAGCAAAAAGCAUGCAAGCAAAGUGCGUCGAUACAUGAGCAUUCAUGAAAAGGAUGAGCCCUUUGCAAAACGUUUCAAGCCUUCAGAUGAUGCUGUAUGUCAGACAGGUAUUGUCGAUGAAGGGGACAAGUACAAAGCCUGCCAUGUGUGCAACAUGACGUUCUCUUCUGCAGUUGUGGCACAAUCACAUUACCAGGGCAAAGUUCACACCAAGAACCUUCGCUUAAAAAACUUCGGUCCACAGCUUCCUGCACCUCAGCCCAAAGCCCAGGUGAAAAAGGAUGAAGGGCUUCCUAAAGGUGAGCAGGGGCCGGCGGAGCAGGACCCCAACCGCUUCUGCACUAUCUGCCAGGCCUCUUUCAACAACCCCCUGAUGGCUCAGCAGCACUACACUGGCAAGAAACAUAAAAAACAGUUGACUAAACACAAGCUAAUGGAGACCUAUGGACCGUCCACUGCACCAGCCUCCACUGUUAAGGGCUACCCAUGUACUGUGUGCAAUAUUGAGCUCAACUCCGUGGAGCAGUACCAGGCCCACAUCAGCGGUUCCAAACACAAGAACCAUGGUAGACCUAAGAAAGGGGCAAAUGCAUUUGUCAGCCCCCCUGAGAACUACCAGCCUGAUUUCCAGUAUACACCUGAGCAGGAUGCCCCAGAGGUCCCAGAGGACUGGGGCAGCUUCAACCAGGGCUAUGUGUGAUUAGACGCCUUUGCUUCACUGCCCUCUGCUCAUCUGUGACAAGCUUCCUCUGUUUAGGCACAGGUCAAUAUGUGUCUGCACUGUGCGUCUCCUAAGGCCAGCAUUUCACCACACUAUGUCCCUUCCUUUCCGUUAUAUCCUUCUUUCACUCUCACACACAGCUGAGGGACCACAACAAACUUCCACAGCAGAUUUAUGUUCUCUCUUUCUCUGCAAAACUGAAGGCAAAAAUGAAUAGUGUGCUGCUCUUUUCAGUGUUCAGAGUAGUGUUUUGUUUCAUAUUUCUCUUUCGUAGAUGGAGGUCCAGAAAGCGGUUUUGGUAGAAUUUAGGGUAUGAUGGAUACUCCUGUUUGUUGUUUUUAUUUAAAAAAAAAAAAAAAAAAUUGUGUGUUAAAUGAAUGUCUUUGGAGUUCAAAGCUGUUGAAUUUGAUAGUGUGAAAAGUUUGUAAGGACAAAUGUCUUUGUUUUGGGGGGCUACAGAGUGCUUUAUUUCCUGACUCUUGAUUGCUAUGUCAAUUUUGGAAACAAUCAUUGUAUUUUUAAGUACUUUAAAGGAAUAGUUCACAGAAUAUGAAAAUUCUGUCUUUUACCCACUCAUGUUGUUCAAAACCUGUAUGACUUGAAUUCUUCCUUUGAACAUAAAAGGGAGAUGUUAGGCAGAAUGUUAGCCUCAGUCACCAUUCACUUUCCAUGCAUUCCGCCCCACCCCCACCCCCACCCAUACAAUGAAAGUGAAUGGUGACUGAGGCUUUCAUUCCAUGGAAGAAAGGGCAACAUUAGGGAGAGUAAAUUAUGACAGAAUUUUACAUUUUGGGUAAAGUAUCCCUUUAAAUCAUUGUUUUGCUUGUCCAAAACUGAGCAGUAGUUUUUUCAUUUCACAAUGCUCCUUCCCAUUUCUCUGUAAAAGUAAACGUUUUAGUAGGAGGCACAGUUUGAUUUAAUACACAUAGAGAUUUAACCUUAAAAGUGGUGCUUGAGUGCUAACAUCCAAUGUUGCACAAAAAUGGUGGAGUUUGUCCUAGUGAAUAAAACUGUCAAAUCAUAGUAAAUUAAUGCCAGGUCAUGGGAGAGAUAUUUAUUUAGUUUUCAGUUUAGGGACAGACACCUAAGUUCAUCUUGACAUGUCAAAUCUCAUGAUGUAGAUUCUAGCAUUAUACCUGUUCUGCUUUUACUAAAUCAAACUAGUAACAAAUUUAUUAGUUAAACUUACUUGUAUAUAAGUUGAAAGCCUCCUUUUAGUGUUUAAUGCAAAAAAAGCUCUAAAAUUUCAAGUAUGACAUGAAAAUUCUAGGAGUUUGAGUAUUUUUGAGCAUAUGUGUAAUACAGAUCUUAUGGCUUGCAUCAUUUAUUUUUGUGAUGUACAUUGCAGAUGGCCCUUGGUAUACAUAACGGAUGCUUAUACUGUGUAAAGAUUUAAGCUUUGAGAAAUCAAGAAUAGUUCAAUUAAUGCUUAGCGUCUCCAUAUUAGACUUAAGAUCAUGAAGUUUUAUUUGGGGCUUAAGUUGUUUUGAAUGGUUACUGCGUUGCUUUGUCAUGAACUGAAUGUGAGAAAGACCGUUAGUGUUUUUACUGUAUGUUCUCAAAGGACUAGUUUUUACUGUAUUGUUUCCAUGUUGUGUUAAGACAUGUGCCGGAAAGCUUGUUAAAGGGAUAGUUCACGCAAAAAAUAAUAUUCUGUCAUUUACUCACCAUCAUGUUGAUCCAAACCCAUUUGAGAUGUCAGGCAGACUUAUAGCCUUCUCUCAGUCUUUUUUUGCAUACAAUGAAAGUGAAUGGGGACUGAAGCUAACAUUCUGCCUGACAUCUCCUUUUAUGUCUCAUGGAAGAAAGAAGGUCAUAGGGGUUUGGGACAAUGUGAGGGUGAGUAAAUGAUGACAAUUUUCAUUUUUUGAUGAACUAUCCCUUUAAUACAAACUGAAAGAAAUACUAUCAGCGAUUACAAUAGCUCAGCAUUGUAAUGCACGGCCUGCAGAUGAACUCCUGGAUCCCGCAAUGUUCUAUUAACAGUUGUUGUUGCAUUGCAUUGAAGUCUUCAAAGCAGCAUAACAGCAAUUAUGUGCUGAAAUAAGGCCUUCAAACUUAAUAUAAUUAGUAGAGUGUUUGUGUUUUUAUUGGUCAAUUUUCUUUUUAACAGACAGUGUGAGCCUAAAGAGAUGUUACUUUUCAUGUAGUAAAAUGUUUUUGAAAAAAAAGCAAGUAGUCAUUUGUGUUUCAAUAUGCUGCACUUAGACAAAUUACUCUGAUGUACCUCAAAGGGACUCUAUGCAUUCAAAUAUGUUCUGUAUUUUUUUUGCAUUUCUUAUUCUGCAGUCAACAUAAUAUGUAGGUCAAGGUUUUUUGCACCCAAAACAACAGUAAUUUUUGUCUUGCAUGACCAUUUUCCACCCUUUCUUUGACUCUGACUUAAAGGAAUAUUCGGGGUUCCUCGACUUUUUAUAUAUAUAUAUAUAUAUAAAGAAAAGGGGGAAUCGGUCUAAAAGAAUAUUAAUAUUUGUGGUAAUAAACAUUAUGCCACGAAUGCUUUUUAAUUGAGAUUAACAUUAAGAAAGGGUAUUAUUGCAACUGUACGUUUAAGACUUCUAUAUAUAAAUCUGUGGAGUAGUGUAACUCACAUUUUGUUCAUCUGGAUGGGCCAUGUUAAUGAAUACUGAGGUACUAGGUUUAGAUGUAUUAAUGUGGGUAAUUAUGUUAUUAAUGUGCCUGUUGAUGUGAUGUCAUAACCAUGACAAUUUCUGAAUUUACCUUUUUUGCAUCUUAUUUUUCAUAAAGAAUAUUAGUGGACUGAGUAAGGAGCUUUGUGCUGUGAAUGUUAGGCAAAAUAUGUCCACAUAGUACGUCACACUCUUACUCAAAAGAGCAAAGAAAAUUGUUUCUUUCAAAAGUUUUCUUUACAAAAGGAUGUGUAUGUUGGGACCUUGUCCUCUAGAUGGCACACUUUGCAAACGGGGGUCCUUGGCUUUUCACAACUGACCCUUUGCUUGUUUCCCACUUGUGGUGAGAGGGGUUUGGUCCAAUGUAUGCCUAAUAUAUAAUUUGUUAUUCAUUGAAAUACACACUUCAUACAUC